AUGGGCUUAGUUCGAAAUCCUAGUUUAAGAAGUGAGGAGUACUUGGAUGGUAUAAUUACAGAUUAUGUUAAUGGAAAAGGAAGUAAGAUUAGAGCAGCCAAGCGCUCUACUUCACGCCUUGUUACUAUUCUCACUUGUCUUCAACUUGCAUUUGCAAUCUAUGCGACUUUCCUACUAUAUUACAUGAGCCCGGCUAUUGAUCUGAGAACUAAACCGGACUUCUCAUGGGCAACUCAAAUAGCAAAACAAUGGAAGAACUUCAUAGUUCAGCCUAGAAUGUUAUCUGUCCUCCAAGAUAAUCCAGUGAUGAUUCAGUCCCCAAUGGAGGUCUGUGAGUAUGAAAAAAUCGAUUUUGAGCAGAAGAAAUCAAAUGAUGAAGUCAUGAUAAGGCUCAAAAGAGAGCUUUAUGAUGAGAUAUUAGAGUUUCAGAAGAAGAACUCAGGAACUGAAACACUGGCUGAGCUCAUGAAUAUGAAGUCUCAGUGGAGCAUUAACGGUCCAAAAAUUCCGAAAAUUACUGUAAUUUUGAACCACUUCAAGAGGAAAACUCUUUGUGCUCAACUGAACUCACUGCUAAAUCAGACACUUCCCUUCCAUCAUGUAUGGGUUCUUUCUUUCGGGAGCCCAAAUGAACUUUCAUUAAGGAGAAUUGUGGAAAGUUAUAAUAAUUCGAGGAUUAGCUUCAUAAGCUCAAGCUACGAUUUCAAGUAUUAUGGAAGGUUUCAGAUGGCAUUGCAGACAGAAUCAGACUUUGUUUACAUUAUUGAUGAUGAUAUGAUUCCUGGGAGGAAAAUGCUGGAGAUUUUAGCUCAUGUUGGGGGUAUAGAAAAGUAUAAGAAUUCUGUUUUGGGGAGCAUUGGAAGGAUCUUGCCAUUUAGGCAGAAGGAUUUUACUUUUCCAAGCUACAGAAAGUUCAGGACAAAGGAGACAGGGCUAUAUUUGCCUGAUCCUGCCUAUAACAUCACAGUAAAUAAGAUAGUUCAGGUCGAUUUCCUGUCUAGCUCAUGGUUUCUAUCUACUAAUCUUGUCAAGACAUUAUUUGUUGAGACUCCCUUAACUUUCAUGACUGGUGAAGAUCUGCACCUCAGCUAUCAGCUCCAGAAAUACAGAAAUGCAGGCUCAUUUGUGCUACCUGUUGAUCCAAAUGACAAGGAAACAUGGGGAGAUAGUGAGCACAGGCUUGCUUAUGUUUCUGAAACCACAGUUAUCUUUAAGGAUAUCAUACAGGUUCGAGAUGAUCAAUGGUGGAGGGCGCUCUCCACCGGUUAUAUCACUCAAUGGGCAGCCAUGAACCCACAGAAGAUAGAUGCUCUCUUCUAUGCUCAUUCUAUAGGAGAAGUGAAAGCUCUAGCCCCACUCCUCGAAAAAUUUCGCUCCACGGUUGGAAGAAAGGCCUACAUUGCUGUCUCUGGUGGUAAGUACUGCCCUUGUGAAGAAGCUACAGAUGUUCUCAAAUGGCCAAAAUCUGUUUGCAAGGAGAGGAGGUUUAAGAUCUUAGAUUUGGAGAUCGGAUCUAUUUCCGAUGUGUCGAAUUCAGAAGUUCCAAUUAUGCAAGCUGUGUACUCUAGCAUGAAAGGGCUUGUUAAGAUCCACAAUCCAAGCCUUCUUAUAACAGUAGCAGAUAUAGAUGAGAAUGUUAAAAAUGCACUAAAAAUGGCUUCAGAAAGUAGCUUGAACCACUCAGUACUUGUUCUUUUGCCUAGAUCUGCUAUAACUAAGGUUCUAUGGAUGCCUGAUUUAAGACCUUCUGCAUUGCCAAACUGGAACAGAAUGAAAAUCUCUGUCAACAUCAUCACCCAGAACCGUGCAAACUCUCUUCAAAGACUCCUUCUAUCCCUCAAGAAUGCAUUUUAUCUUGGUGAUGAAAUCCCUCUAAGUUUCAACAUGGACAGCAAAGUUGAUGAACCAACUCUUAAAGUUGUUGGAUCCUUCCAUUGGCCCCAUGGACCCAAACACAUACGAAGAAGGAUCAUCCAAGGUGGCCUCAUUCGAGCAGUGAGCGAGAGCUGGUAUCCUGCUUCUGAUGAUGACUUUGGUCUCCUUCUUGAAGAUGACAUUGAGGUCUCCCCUUACUACUACCUCUGGAUCAAAUACUCACUCCUUUCAUUCCACUACGACCCCCAAAUCUCUCUCCCAGAGCUAUCUUCAAUUUCCCUUUACAGUCCUCGCCUUGUCGAAGUUGUCAAAGAAAGGCCCAAAUGGAAUGCCACAGAUUUCUUCAAGAAAAUACAUCCCAACACUCCUUAUCUACACCAGCUCCCUUGCAGUUGGGGUGCUGUGUUCUUCCCCAAGCAAUGGAGGGAAUUCUAUGCUUAUAUGAGCUCAAGAUUCACAGAAGAUGCAAAGCAAAACCCAGUUCAAAUCCCCAAGUCAAGAACUAAUGGCUGGCAGGCUUCAUGGAAGAAGUUUCUGAUUGAUAUGAUGUAUUUGAGGGGUUAUGUGAGUCUCUAUCCAAACUUCCCCAAUCAAAUGAGCUUCUCAACCAACCACAUGGAACCUGGUGCUCAUAUCAGUGCAAAAGACAAUAUUCUGAAGCACAACAAGGAGGACUUUGAAGUGCCAUUGAUGAAGGAUGAUUUCACAAGGUUCUUGCCGUCGGGGAAGAUGCCGCCGGCAUCAAGGCUUCCAGUAAUCAAUCUGUUCAACCAGGCAAUAUCUUUGAAGGGGUUGAAGAUGGCUGGAGCUAAGCUUGGGCAGGAUAUCAUUAGCUGUGGAGAGAUGGAGAUUGUUGUGGCUGAUCAUGCCACAGGCUUGCCUAAAAAUUGCUCAAAGUUCUAAACCAUGAAUUGUAUUGUUCUUUGUCAAUCAUAGACUUCAUUUUUUUUUAAAUGUUUCUGAUCAUUUUAUGUCACUUAAUGAUGCCAAAAGUGGCAACUUUCAUUCUAUUUGUGAUUCACUCUUUCAAAUGAUUUAUGCAUAUAAGCAAUUGAGGCAUGUUUGGCCAAAUCCUAUUUGAGUUGGAAUUUGAUGUCAAAAAGGAUGAGUUUUUAAGAGGAUCACAUUAAAAUCUUAUUUUUUAACAGAGAGCAUGAAUUGAUAAAAUAUUAAAAGAUCGAGGUUGUUCUUUAAAGGGACAGUUUCUGCUCCUUGGCCUUCAUGUAGCCAAGUUGCCCAUUAAAGGGUGAUCUGAUCCUUUCUCCUAAUCAAUUUCCAACUAAUUUAAUUGAAUAGAUUAGUGUG